AUGCAGGACUACCGUAACGAGGUGAAGGAGUUUUUCUCUGGAGAUGAGCAGCUGGCUUCUGAAAUUGAGUUUGUUCUGAAGACAGCAGAAAAGGAGCGAGAGAUGCUGGAGCAGAUGAACACCUGCAGCCUGGCAGGAGAUAUGCCGCCACCCAGAGACCCUAUGCUGCAGUUAGUCUCCCUCCAACAGGCGUCUGGCUGCUGGCUGCUUGAUCCAGCUCUGGCUGCUGCGCUGGGAAAGACCAUCGAGGAGGUGGAAAAGUCAAAGCCUGCAAUGGUGGGGUUUUGUAAGAAACUGUUUGGAGAGGGUUACAGUGGGCUGGAGUAUGACUACCGAGGCCUGAUCAAACUCUACAACUCAGUGGGGAACUAUGAGAAGGUGUUUGAAUACCACAACGUACUGUCCAACUGGAACCGGCUGAGGGACCGGCAGUUUGCAGUGGCAGAUGCCCUGGAGGACGUCAACACUUCACCCCAGCAGACCCAAGAGUGUAGCUCAGAACUCCAGGAGCAUCAUCACAGAAAAGAAGCCAUGUUCUCCAGAGCUACAUACACGACAGCAUCUGUGGAAUAUGUGCACAUCCAUCAGCAUCAUCGCUCUGCAGAUCACAGCUGGAAAUAG